CACCUCUACUAGUCAAUUGUCAAAAUCAAAUUGUCAAGAAGAAGAACGGACCAACUUUUGUAAACUUUAUUUAAAAUAAAAUAAUGUUUACUUUAUUUUAAACCAAAAAAAAUAUUUUAUCAACGAUGGCAAAGCAAGUUAAAGAAACAUUCCUGUAUUUUGCUUAUGGCAGCAAUCUACUGAAAAAGCGUAUACGAAUAAAUAACCCUACUGCUGAGUUUGUUGGAAUCGGCAGACUCGAUGGCCAUCAGCUGGAUUUCAUUAAAUAUUCUGACCACUGGAGAGGAGCUUCAGCUACUAUCAUACCAACAGAGAAUUUACAGAUUUAUGUAUGGGGUGCAGUAUGGAAGCUACACAAUAAAGAUAUGCCUGCUUUAGACAAACAAGAAGGUGUGGACACCAACUGGUAUUUUGCUAAAACUGUUGAGGUAUCUACUGAAGAUGGAGAUAAAAUUGAAUGUCGUACAUAUCAACAGACAAUAAAUCCUCCCCUAAGAAAUGCUGAUGAAGAAUUGCCAAUGGAUAGGAGACCCUCAAGCACUUAUUUAGAUUGUAUAGUAAAUGGUGCUGUGGAAUGUAACUUACCAAAAGAAUACAUAAUACAAUUGAAGAAAAUUCCCCACAAUGGGCAGAAAGCAUCACCUAGAAUGAUUGAAAAGCUAAAUAUGUAAAUAUCUUAAAAAAUUAAUAGGUGUAGUACCUACCACAGAUUAAUCAAUUAUAGGCAAAACUCAAAAAUGAAUAAAUUCUCGAAUCAGUAUAACACAGAGCUUCGCAUCAGUGACUUUCAAUAUUGUUCAAGAAAAAUGGCGUCUUAUGUUUUGAAAUAUUUUAAAAACUGUUAACAAAACAUAAAGAAAUGAGAUGGAGUAUUUUUUAAUUGGUUUUUAUUGAUUAUUAUAUAAAUUUACGUAAUUGUUAUUAGUGUUAAAUUUUGAAACACAAAUUAUGACAGAAGUAUGUAUAAGUAUACGGAUGCGUGACAUUUGUUUUUUUCAUAGGUUUCACCAGCUUCACCACGCUGCUUGAAAAGACUCAUUCUGUAUGAUCUUUAUUCUGUGGGUACUACAUAUUUGUUAGAUAAAAUUCCAUGUAUGUAUAAUGUAUAUUAUAAUUGUAUAUAUGUUUUUAUUCAAAUAUUAUUUUUGUGAAGUAUUAAAAUUAAUGUAAAUAUUGUUAAUAUAUUAAAGAUUAUAAUCAUUCUUA